UACCAUAAUCCAUGGUUUACUCAUGACCCACAGUUUGGAAAACACCAGGAAGAAGGAAGGGAGAAUGAAUAAUUGGGGAAAGGGCAAGAGAUAGGAAGGCUGAAGAGUCUCCAAUAUUUAAAACGGUGAAAUUUCAUGAGAGACGUGGAUUACCUGCUUCUCUUGGGGGAUGUAAGGGUGUGGGCUCUGAAGCAGUCAAGUGUGAGAAGUCUGACGUCCUUUCUCAGCCAGCCCCACACUAGGCACUGGAAGGUGAGUCACUCUGGUGAGGUGAUUGGGAUUGGAUGAGAGCCAAGUAGGGACGGAAAGUGCAGAGGAGGAGGAGUGCAGGGCUUUGGAAGAAGGAAGGACCCCAGGGCCGGUCAGGGAAAUGACAAUGAGAAACUGAAAAAGGGAAGGGAAGACUAAGAUGAAAUGUGGCGUGGGGUCUGCCUGGGCAUGUCCAUGCCAAGUGCCCAGGGCUUCUUCCUCGGUGUGGGUUCCUUGCCAGAUGUGUGGCCCCAGGGAGCGCCAUGGCCCGCGCACGCCAGGAGGGCAGCUCCCCGGAGCCCGUAGAGGGCCUGGCCCGCGACGGCCCGCGCCCCUUCCCGCUCGGCCGCCUGGUGCCCUCGGCCGUGUCCUGCGGCCUCUGCGAGUCCGGCCUGCCCGCCGCCCCUGCCGCCCCCGCCUUGCUGCCCGCUGCCUACCUCUGCGCCCCCGCCACCCCACCCGCCGUCACCGCCGCCCUGGGGAGCCCCCGCUGGCCUGGGGGCCCCCGCAGCCGCCCCCGAGGCCCGCGCCCGGACGGUCCUCAGCCCUCGCUCUCGCUGGCGGAGCAGCACCUGGAGUCGCCCGUGCCCAGCGCCCCGGGGGCCCUGGCGGGCGGUCCCACCCAGGCGGCCCUGGGAGUCCGCGGGGAGGAGGAGCAGUGGGCCCGGGAGAUCGGGGCCCAGCUGCAGCGGAUGGCGGACGACCUCAACGCGCAGUACGAGCGGCGGAGACAAGAGGAGCAGCCGCAGCACCGCCCCUCGCCCUGGAGGGUCCUGUACAAUCUCAUCAUGGGACUCCUGCCCUUUCCCAGGGGCCACAGAGCCCCCGAGAUGGAGCCCAAUUAGGUGCCUGCACCUGCCCGGUGGACGUCAGGGACUCGGGGGGCAGGCCCCUCCCACCUCCUGACACCCUGGCCAGCGCGGGGGACUUUCUCUGCACCAUGUAGCAUACUGGACUCCCAGCCCUGCCUGUCCCAGGGGCGGGCCGGGGCAGCCACUCCAGCCCCAGCCCAGCCUGGGUGCACUGACGGAGAUGUGGACUCCUGGGUCCCUGGCCCAGAUGCUAGGGAAGGGAGGGCUGACGGACUCAGCAUCGGAAGGCGGCGGUGACCGAGGGGGUGGGGACUGAGCCGCCCGCCUCUGCUGCCCACCACCAUCUCAGGAAAGGCUGCUGUGCUGGUGCCCGUUCCAGCUGCAGGGGUGACACUGGGGGGCUCUCCUCUCAGUGCUCCUUCACUCUGGGCCUGGCCUCAGGCCCCUGGUGCUUCCCCCCCUCCUCCUGGGAGGGGGCCCGUGAAGAGCAAAUGAGCCAAACGUGACCACUAGCCUCCUGGAGCCAGAGAGUGGGGCGCGUCUGCCGGUUGCUCCAGCCCGGCGCCCAGCCAUCUUCCCUGAGCCAGCUGGCAGGUGGUGGGCAUGCCUGCCUCACCUUCAUCGGGGGGGGGGUGGCCAGGAGGGGCCCAGACUGUGAAUCCUGUGCUCUGCCCGCAACCGCCCCCUGCCCCAUCAAUCCCAUUGCAUAGGUUUAGAGAGAGCACGUGUGACCACUGGCAUUCAUUUGGGGGGUGGGAGAUUUUGGCUGAAGCCGCCCCAGCCUUAGUCCCCAGGGCCAAGCGCUGGGGGGAAGAUGGGGAGUCAGGGAGGGGGGGAAAUCUCGGAAGAGGGAGGAGUCUGGGAGCGGGGAGGGAUGGCCAGCCUGUAAGAUACUGUAUAUGCGCUGCUGUAGAUACCGGAAUGAAUUUUCUGUACAUGUUUGGUUAAUUUUUUUUGUACAUGAUUUUUGUAUGUUUCCUUUUCAAUAAAAUCAGAUUGGAAGAGUGGA